UCCGCGCACGGGGGGGAGGCUGCCGAGUUGCACCGCACCGAGGCCCACGCGCACCACGCCGCGGCCGGCGGUGUCGCGGGCCAGGAGAAGCACGCCACGGCGGCGCACGCGAGGGGCUCCCCAACGUCGGCCGCGGAGGGCUCCAAGGCCCCCGAGGCGGGGGGGGAUGCCUCGGACGCGAGCCCGGGUGCCGAGCCCGAGGAGGACGCCGAGGAGCUGGAUGCCGAGGUGGAGGAGCCCGAGCACGCGGAUGCCGAGGAUGGCGCCGAUGACUUCGAGGGCCCCGUGGAAUUCCACCUGCCCCAGCGCGGCCGCGUGCACGUCGCGGUCGACGCGGCCGGACACGCCGCGGAGGUGAGGCGGGGCGGUGGGCCCGUCAUACGGAGGCACAACCACACCAGCGGCACCGAUUUCGACGACCUGGAGGAGGACUCCUUGGUCGAGGAAGACGCCGACCUGAGGGCGCAAGCCAGGAGGUCGGGCUGGUGGUCGCGGCGCCGCGCGCCCCCGCCGCCGCCGCCGCCGCCAGCCCCGGUGCAUUGCGCGUGGGCGGCGUGGGGUGCGUGGGGAACGUGCAGUGCGACCUGCGGCGAGGGUAAGCAGUCGAGCACGCGCAAAGUCGCCACGGUGCAGAGGAACGGGGGAAAUGCGUGCACGGGCGAGACGGCGAAGACUCAGACGUGCCAGAUCCAGAAGUGCACCACGACCUCAACGACCACCACUACCACAACCUCCACAACCACCACGACGACCACCAAGAAGGUCGUGAAGGCGGGCGCCUCGCGCCCCGCUGGUGGGAUCGCGCUGGCGCUGCUGCUGGUGCUCGGGGCGGCCCGGCCGCUGCUCUGAGGCUCCCAGGGGCGUCGGUGGACUCCAGGCGUGAUCAGAGAUCCAGGCUCAGCUUCUUCGCCGAUGGCUGCCCCGCUCCUCCUCCGCCUCCUCCUCCGACACCUCCUCCUC